GAGCGCGUCUCGAGAAACUGCCGACGCAAACGGACAGCGCGCUCCCCAGCGAAAUGGUGCCGUGAAACCAGUUCGGUUCGCGUUGGCUGCUUAUUGAUGAUUUACAGUGGCUUGUAGUUGCGAUGUCCGCGAACGGAAUAUUACAUGGAUUGAUUUUCGUUUGUUCGACAAUUAACCUGCUUGUACUCGCAGAGAAACCGGAUGAUGGUUGCGGGCACUCUGUCCUGGGUCCACAGAGUGGUCACCUGUCCUCUAAGAACUACCUAGGCCUGUACCCAAACAACUCGUGUGAGUGGAAUAUACGCGUCUCGAGCAGCCUUCGCAUUGUUCUCACCUUCGAAGAUCUGUCCAUUGAAGGGGAAGACUGCAGAACUGACUAUCUGAAGGUCCUGAAAGAGUCAAAGCAUGUGUACUGGCAGCACUGUGGGGGGGUGCAGUCCCUUCCUGGGCCAUACCCAGGGCCCAGCCAGCCACUCUACACUGACGAGAGUGAGCUCACCGUGAGCUUCCGUGCCAGCCGCCACACUCCUGGCAGUAGCUUCCAGCUCUCCUACUCCACCGUAGACCACAGAGACAUGCUCACAUGCUCCAACAAAGGCAUCCAUUUCUCUCUUUCACAGUACAGGAAGUACUGUCCGGCCGGAUGUGGUGCGGAGAUGGCGGCUGAGGUAGCCGGGGACGUCUCGCAUGGCUACAGACACACGUCAGUGCUGUGUAAAUCUGCUGUCCAUGCCGGCGUCAUUCUGGAUCAGUUCGGUGGACCAAUCACAGUGGAGGAGCACCGGGGGCUAUGGCACUACGAGCCAGUCCAAGCUAAUGGCAUCCUGUCAAAAAGUGGCUCUUUGUCUGAAUCACUCUUCACAUUUGUCACAAGCGACUGCACGAGGCAGACCGUUCUUCAGCCAGUAUCUGCUAGCUCCUCGUGGCUAAGUGAUGGACCGGUGGGGUCUGAAGUAGACUGGUCACCCAAUACCACCCACCUAGUCUCUGCUACAGGCAUCUGGGCCACUGAGGCCAAGGGCAGACAGUGGCUGGAGCUGGACCUCGGAGAGAAGAAGAGGAUCACAGGGAUUUUGACCAGUGGUGUGUCUUCGUCUGAUCACUAUGUGAAAAGCUACAAAAUUUUGUACAAGGAGAAGAGUCAUUGGCAGACUUACACCCAAUAUAACUGUUCUGAAGACAUGAUAUUUGAAGGAAACGUGGACAGCCUCUACCAGGCUCGAAACACUUUCCGUCCAGCCAUUAUUGCCCGCUAUGUCCGUGUGGUCCCUCUCCAGUGGCACCAGGGGAUCGGCCUGAUGGCGGAGCUACUGGGCUGCCCUAUAGUGCAAAACUUUCCAAGUGUGCAGGUGAACGUGUCCUCUCUGGUCCCGUUGGCAACUCACCCAAAGCCCCUUCCGGGCGAGGCUGACCUCAGCGAGCCUGUUCCUUCUCACCCAGAUCUCGUUAACAUGGUCAUCAUAGGGGUGCCCAUCCUCGUGUCAGUUAUUCUACUCAUGACUGCGAUCUGCCUCUUCAAGGUAUUUCACAAGAAGAAAAACAAGGAGAAUGGGUAUGACUCUGCUGAUAAGCCACAGACAGGUUGCUGGAAACAGGUGAAGCAGCCGUCUGCUAGACACCUGUCCACUGAGUUCACCUUCAGCUACAGCUCGGAGAAAGACCCCCUGCCCAAAAUGGACCUGGUCACCAGCACCAUGGCAGACUACCAGCAGCCACUGAUGCUGGGGGCAGGCACAGUGUCCAGGAAGGGCUCCACCUUCAGACCCAUGGACACAGACGCCAAGAACGAUGCUAACGAGGCCACCUCCCAUUACGACUACCUGCACACAGCCAAUCAGUAUGCCCUGCCACUGACCAAUCAGGAGCCUGAGUAUGCCACACCCAUCAUAGAGCGUCACACGUUCCGCAAGGACGGCUUCCUGCCAGAUGCCAGCUACAGCGUGCCCGGAGUUGUCCUUAGCAAGAGCCCCUCCUUUAAGGCCCGGGAUAGCACCAACUACCGAAAGCAGGCUGGAGACCUCUCUGGCGGCUACCAGACGCCACAGGUCAAAUCGGACAGAGCGAACUGUUCCGAGGGCAUUUACGACAGCCCUAAGGUCAGCAGGCCAGCUGUGGUGGAGAAUGGGGCCUGCUCGGACUACCAGAAGCCCCAAGGGAAAGGCCCAGUGCAUGAGAGUUACUCGCGACCACGGGACUGUGUCUGGCCUGAGCCAGCUGUCCCCCACAGACCAGACCCAGAGGGCAGUAGCCUGGGUGGGACUUGAAUGUGACCUGGGUGGGACCCGGGCAGACUCGUAUGCACUGUGAUGUGGUUCCUGCUUAAUAUGACCUCACACUAUUCUCCAGACUCAUAACUUAUUUCUGCAUAUGAGAGCAGCACUUUUGUAUGUUUGUGCAUGUGUAUGGCAGGGAAGAAUAGCUGUCCAAAUUAAUGGCUGCUUGGACACAUCAUUUUUGUUCUCCUGUCAGACAAGUUUGAUAUUGCUUGUCUUACUGACAUGGAGAGUUUUACUGUUAUUGUUUUUUAAGGGGCAGGGUUUGUUUUUAAUCUAAUACUCUGCCAGGAGCAGAGAAACGUGUUAAAGUACAGUUUGCAGAGUAUGGAAGAAAUUCUUCCCUUACUGUACUUGGAUUACUUGAAUGGUUGGAAUAUAAAUGAGGUAUGUGGGAGACAGUCUCAGUGCUUCUAUAAUGUGACACAUCUUUUCUGAGCUGCUGUUGGGAAUUGAUAUUCUAAACUUGAAGCACAAGUUUGCUUUAGUUCGGUGGUACCUUGAGACAGACGGGCAGGAGACGCCACAGCAACAAGACAUCACCUUUCCCAGGCUUGGGAGCCCAUUCCUUUGUAGAGCCUCUACAGAGCUGAUCAACUAGUCGGCUCGAUCCUGGCCCAAAAUAGCUGGUCUCAGGUCAGUGCUCAUGGGCCAUUUCUACUACCAUUUCCAGGUUCAUGGAUGUGUUUAUCAGCAAUGAUGUUUCUGCACUCAGCCCUGCUCUGCCUCAGUGACUGACCCAAUCCACAAAGUGUCUGUGGCUUUGUAAAUGAGUGACUGCUGUAUUUCAAACUGGGGAAUAAUUGUUGGGAAUAAUUGUUGGGAAUAAUUGUGGAAUUCUGCUGCAGUUAACAGUUCAGUAGGGGGAUGUUUGUCAACAGCACUGACACUUUCUGUUCCCUCGUGUGGGAAAUGUUUUUGAGUUUGUUAAAAUUAUUAAUGUUUUCACAGAGACAAAUUCCUACAUUUCACUCUAUUUUUGAACAGGCCAUUGGAGAACAGACUUCAGAAAGCAGUAGAGAGCCUUGUUCAGUAGGACUCAGUCCAGUUUUUGUAGUUUUGAAAUGUAUAUUGUAAUGUUGGAAAAAGUAAAAUGGAACAAACAAAACCCUUAGCUUCUGGUGGUGAUUUGGAAGCACCUACGUGCUUGGUGUUGCUACUGAAUUGUGGAGUCUUGGGUCUUCGUUGGCAUUGGUUUGGUUUCUGGAAGAUGUUUGGAAUGGCAGUCCUUGUGGAUGUCUAGCAUUGCUGAGAGGAUCCUUCUGUGCCAGCAGGCCUGUGAAGCACUGGGCUCUGAUGUUCCCACCGUGGUCCUCCUACUUGCCAGCUAAGUCCUGAGUGUUCCCCUGCCCCCACUCCACCCCCCAGCUGGCUUGGUUGUGACCGGGUUGGGGAGAAUGUGACCACCUCAGCAGCAGCCGCUGCCUGGACUGGUAAGCGCGGGACCUGCCGUGACCCAAUCAUGCAUUCCACGCGCCCUCCAUACACACAGCAGGGGGGGAAAGGAAUACUGAUCCUGAAGCGUGUGUGUUGGAAUGUGGCAGUGAAGUGUCAGUCGUGGACAGCAGCUGAUUCCCACUAACGCCAUUGUUCCAACCUGCUGUCAGGCCUCGUAUACAACAUCUGAAGCAUGUACCUAGUUUAUACAGUAAUGGUUGUUUUCCCAGGUACAUUGGGUUUCCAAUUUUAAAUAAAA